AUGGCCGAGCUUGUCGGCAUAAAUGCUGUGCCCCAAAACCAGCAACAGCAACAACAACAACAAGGACCAUUGCCAUCACAACAACAACAACAACAGCAGCAACAACAAUCGCAGCAGCAACAGGCACCGCGUUUUACAACGCAUCCAUCGUCAUCGGGCUCGAUUGUUAGCGAAGGACGCACGAAGAUUUUGCAGUGUCAUGCACUGGGUUCGCCACAGCCCACAUAUCGCUGGCUCAAGGAUGGUGCAGCCGUCGCCGAUUAUUCAUCGAGUCAAUUUUAUCGCAUUCACAUCACAAGACGCGAGGAUGCCGGCAGCUAUCAGUGCAUUGCCAGGAACGAUGCUGGAUCCAUUUUCAGCGAGAAAAGCGAUGUUGUGGUUGCAUAUAUGGGCAUCUUUGAGAACGUCACCGAGGGUCGUCUAACGGUUGUCAGCGGUCAUCCGGCCGUCUUUGAUAUGCCAGCAAUCGAUUCGGUGCCGAAGCCAUCUGUCAUUUGGCAAACCGAAGAGGGUCCCCUUAACUACGACAUCAAGUACGCCUACACACAGGCCAAUCAGCUGAUCAUCCUCAGCGCCGAUGAGAACGAUCGGAAGGCGUAUCGUGCUCGGGCCAUGAACACCCAACUGGGCAAGGAGGAGAUUAGCGCAUUUGUCCAUCUGAAUGUCACCGGUGAUCCCUAUGUUGAGGUGGCUCCCAAGAUCAUUGUGCCGCCGCAGGAUCUCAAGCUGAAGCGUGGCGAGGGCGUCGCCGAACUGCAAUGCAUUGCCAAUGCCCGACCGCUGCACGAACUGGAGACCAUCUGGCUAAAGGAUGGCGUCGCCGUUGAGAAUGCCGGCAUCAUGCACACCCUCAACGAUCAAUGGAACCGCACGCUGGCCCUGCUCCAGGCGAACAGCUCCCACUCCGGCGAAUACAGCUGCCAGGUGCGUUUGCGCAGCGGUGGCUAUCAGACGGUCACAGCCACCGCUCGCGUCCAGAUCCUCGAGGCACCCAUGUUCGUUUCACCCCUGCGCUCGGAGACCUUUGGCGAGUUUGGCGGCCAGGUGCAGUUGUCCUGCGACGUUGUUGGCGAUCCCAAGCCACAGGUCCAAUGGUUUCGCAAUGCCGAACGCAUCACCGAGGCGCAACUGGAAGACGAAGUCUACGAACUGAAUGCUGAUAAUACGCUGAUAAUUAAAAAACUGUCGCUGGACGAUGAGGGAAUGUUUCAGUGCCUGGCAACGAAUGAGGCCGGCGAGAAGUCUGCCUACACCUGGCUGCGAGUGAAAACAACGGCGCCAGCGAUGAAGAAGCCACCACAGAAUUCGACGGCACUGGAUGGCAAGGAUGCGACCAUUUCGUGUCGAGCUGUUGGUGCCCCCAAUCCGAACAUAACCUGGAUCUAUAAUGAAACCCAACUGGUCGAGAUAUCAAGCCGCAUUCAAGUGCUCGAUUCUGGUGAUUUACUCAUCGCAAACAUCCGCGCCUCCGAUGCGGGCCUCUACAUGUGUGUGCGGGCCAACGAGGCUGGCUCCGUUAAGGGGGAGGCCUAUCUCAGUGUGUUGGUGCGAACACAAAUCAUUCAGCCGCCUGUGGAUACCACCGUGCUGCUUGGCCUGACCGCAACGCUGCAGUGCAAGGUGUCCAGUGACCCCAGUGUGCCGUACAACAUUGACUGGUAUCGGGAGGGUCAGAAGGCGCCGAUAGUCAAUUCGCAGCGAAUUGGCGUCCAGGCGGAUGGCCAGCUGGAGAUACAGGCGGUGCGGGCCAGCGAUGUGGGCAGCUAUGCGUGCGUCGUCACCUCGCCCGGUGGCAACGAGACGCGCUCCUCGCGCCUCAGCGUCAUCGAGCUGCCCUUCCCCCCAACCAAUGUGAAGGUGAAGCGUCUAAAGGAGCCCCACCAGCGCAGCAUCAAUGUAUCGUGGACGGCGGGCUUUGAUGGCAAUAGUCCAAUUUCCAAAUUUAUUAUCCAGCGACGUGAGGUUUCCGAAUUGGAAAAAUUCGUAGGUCCAGUGCCCGAUCCGCUGCUCAAUUGGGUCACCGAAUUGGCCAACGUUUCAGCCAAUGAGCGUUGGGUUCUACUGGAGAAUCUGAAGGCGGCUACCGUUUAUCAGUUUCGCGUGAGUGCCGUUAAUCGUGUCGGCGAGGGCUCCCCAUCCGAACCGAGUAACGUCAUCGAGCUGCCCCAAGAAGCACCCUCGGGUCCGCCAGUUGGAUUUGUUGGGUCUGCCCGUUCCAUGUCGGAGAUUAUAACGCAAUGGCAGCCACCGCAGGAGGAGCAUCGCAAUGGACAAAUCUUGGGCUAUAUAUUGCGCUAUCGCCUCUAUGGCUAUAACAAUGUGCCCUGGUCGUAUCAGAACAUUACCAACGAGGUGCAGCGCAACUUUCUCAUCCAGGAGCUGAUCACCUGGAAGGAUUAUAUCGUACAGAUUGCCGCCUUCAACAAUAUGGGCGUGGGGGUCUACACUGAGGGGUCCAAGAUCAAGACCAAGGAGGGCGUACCCGAGGCGCCACCCACAAAUGUCCGGGUACGUGCCGUGAACUCGACGGCAUUUAAGAUUAGCUGGAAACCACCGAAUCCGCAGCAGAUCAAUGGCAUCAAUCAGGGCUACAAGAUCCAAGCAUGGCAGCAGCGUGAAAUCGAUGGUGAACUCCAGGACGUCGAGCAGCGCAUGAUGACGGUGCCGCCCAGCCUAAUCGAUCCCCUCGCCGAGCAGACGACCGUCUUGAAUGGCUUGGAGAAGUACACCAAGUACAAUAUAACCGUAUUGUGUUUUACCGAUCCAGGCGAUGGCGUUGCUAGCGUCAAGGUGCCAAUGAUGACCAAAGAGGAUGUGCCCGAUGAGAUAACCGCUUUGCACUUCGCCGAGGUCUCCGAUCGAGCUGUCACCGUACUCUGGUCACCACCCCGACAUGCCAACGGUUUACUCACUGCCUAUACGGUGCGGUAUCAGGUGCGCGAUCGACCCGAGACCAUGAAAUCGAUCAAUCUGACGGCGCAGGAGACUCAGGUGGUUGUCAAUCAGCUGCAGGCGACGACACACUAUUGGUUUGAGAUCUGUGCCUGGACAAAGGUGGGCAGCGGUGCACCCAAGACGGCAACCAUACAAUCGGGUGUGGAGCCAGUGUUGCCGCAUGCACCAACUAGACUGGCGCUGUCCAACAUUGAGGCCUUCUCGGUGGUGUUGCAAUUUACGCCCGGCUUCGAUGGCAACUCAAGCAUUACCAUAUGGAAGGUCGAGGCACAAUCGGCACGCAACAUGACCUGGUUCACUGUCUGUGAGAUCAAUGAUCCCGAUGCGGAAACCCUAACGGUGACCGGUCUGGUGCCCUUCUCUCAAUAUCGUUUACGUCUAAGUGCCACGAACGUGGUGGGCACCUCAAACUCAUCCGAACCGACCAAGGACUUUCAAACAAUUCAGGCACGUCCGAUGCACGCACCCUUCAAUGUGACCGUCCGUGCAAUGGGAUCGACACAAUUGCGUGUCCGCUGGAUACCGUUGCAGCAGACGGAAUGGUUUGGCAAUCCGCGUGGCUAUAACAUCACCUAUCGUCCGGUGGAUGACACAGCGUACGAUGGCAACGGACAGUUGCGCAGUGCACUCAUCGAGGAUCAUACAGCCAAUUCGCAUGUGCUCGAGCAUCUCGAGGAGUGGACCCUCUACGAGGUGAUCAUCUACUCCUGCAACGAUGUCGGCAGCUCCCUCGGCAGCAACCCAACCGAGGAGCAUACACGCGAGGCAGUGCCCAGCUAUGGACCGCUCGAGGUCGAAGCGAAUGCGACAUCAUCGACAACGAUUGUGGUGCGGUGGGGCGAGGUGCCCGUGCCGCAUCGCAAUGGACAGAUCGAAGGAUACAAGGUGUACUUUGCGGCAGCCGAUGGUGGCAUCAAUACACCCAUCCAAUUCAAGACCAUACCGAACAACAGCUCAUUCACCACGACGCUAACCGAACUCAAGAAGUUUGUCGUCUAUCACAUUCAGGUGCUGGCCUACACCAGAUUGGGCGAUGGUGCUUUAAGCUCGCCACCAUUACGUGUCCAGACCUUUGAGGAUACGCCCGGAGCACCGUCGAAUGUUAGUUUUCCGGAUGUGACCUUCUCGACGGCACGCAUCAUUUGGGAUGUGCCCGAGGAUCCGAAUGGCGAGAUUCUUGCCUAUAUGAUCACCUACAGACUGAAUGGCAGUGCUUUCCUUAACUAUAGUCGCGAGUUCUCGCCCUCGGAUCGCACCUUCCGUGCCACUGAGCUGCAGCCGGAACGCUACUACAGCUUCACGGUGACUGCACAGACGCGUCUCGGCUGGGGCAAGAUUGCCACGGUGCUUGUGUACACCACAAACAAUCGGGAGCGACCACAGGAGCCAUCGACGCCGCAGGUGUCGCGCAGCCAGAUCCAGGCGCAUCAGAUGACCUUCAGCUGGACACCGGGCCGAGAUGGCUACGGACCGUUGCGCUACUAUACGCUCCAGUUCUGUGAGAACGAGGGUCCCUGGCAAACGUUGCCCGAAAAGGUCGAACCCUCGAUCACCUCAUAUACGGUGUACGACUUGAAGCCGCACACGAUCUAUCAGUUCCGCAUUCAGGCAACCAAUGAUCUCGGCCCGUCGCCGUAUAGUUUUGAGAGCGUUCUGGCUCGCACCCUGCCAGCAGCCCCAUCGGCGGCUGUGGGUGGACUUAAGGCGGUGCCGAUAACACCGACAUCGGUGCGUGUCCAUUGGAGCGCCUUGGAGACGGCCAUGUGGAAUGGGGAUACUGCAACUGGUGGCUAUCGCAUCUUGUAUCAGCUGCUCUCCGAUUUUCCCACGGCAUUGCAGACAACGCCCAAAACGGAUGUGAUGGGCAUCAAUGUGGACAGUGUGGUGCUCUCGGAUCUCACCCAGGAUCGCAACUAUGAGAUUGUUGUGCUGCCCUUUAACUCACAGGGACCGGGUCCGGUUACGCCCCCAACAGCUGUUUACGUCGGCGAAGCGGUGCCGACGGGCGAACCACGUACUUUAGAGGCCGCACCCAUAUCCAGCACUGAGGUGCGUCUACGCUGGAAGCCACCCAUCCAGAGCAUGCAGAAUGGCGAUGUUCUCGGCUAUAAGAUCUUCUAUCUGGUCACCUAUUCACCGCAACUGCACGAUCGCGGUCGCAAAUGGGAGGAGGAAAUCGAGGUUGUCGCUGGCACAGCCACAUCACACAAUUUGGUCUUUCUCGACAAGUACACCGAAUAUAGCAUCCAGCUGCUGGCCUUCAAUCCCGCCGGCGACGGUCCACGCUCCACUUCUGUGACGGUGAGAACCCUCCAAGGUGUGCCCACUGCACCGCGGAAUUUACGUUUCACGGACAUCACGAUGCAGAGCCUGCAGGUCACCUGGGAUCCGCCCAAAUACCUCAAUGGCGAAAUAGUCGGCUAUCUGGUGACCUACGAGACCACCGAGGAGAAUGAGAAGUUCAGCAAGCAGGUGAAACAGAAGGUAUCGAAUACAACGCUGCGCGUCCAGAAUCUGGAGGAGGAGGUCACCUACACGUUCACCGUGCGUGCCCAGACCGUUGACUACGGGCCGAUGAUCAGUGCGAAUGUGACAACGGGACCGCAGGAUGGUUCGCCAGUAGCACCACGGGACUUGAUACUCACCAAGACACUAUCCAGCGUCGAUAUGCAUUGGGUGAAUGGACCCUCUGGUCGCGGCGCCAUACUCGGCUAUCUGAUCGAGGCCAAGAAGCGUGAAAAAGGAGAGCCCGCAUAUUCCUAUGAUUCGCGCUGGACCAAAAUAGAGCGGACGAGAAAGGGCACCAUGCAGGACUACACCAUUAGCUAUCACAUCCUGAUGCCGUCGACGGCAUACACAUUCCGUGUGAUUGCCUACAAUCGCUAUGGCAUCUCGUUUCCCGUUUACUCCAAGGACUAUAUUGUGACGCCAUCAAAGCUGCAUAUGGAAUAUGGCUAUCUGCAGCAUAAGCCAUUCUACAGGCAAACCUGGUUCAUGGUCUCCCUGGCAGCCACAUCGAUCGUCAUCAUUGUCAUGGUCAUUGCCGUCCUCUGUGUGAAGAGCAAGAGCUACAAGUAUAAGCGCCGCACAGAAGAGGCGCAGAAAACGCUGGAGGAGUCGAUGGCGAUGUCGAUUGAUGAGCGCCAGGAGCUGGCAUUGGAGCUAUACCGUUCGCGUCAUGGCGUCGGCACCGGCACACUAAAUAGCGUUGGAACUUUGAGGAGCGGCACUCUGGGCACCCUGGGACGCAAGUCAACAAAUCGACCACCGACAAGUGUGCAGCUGGGCAAGAGUCCGCCGAGGCCAUCACCCGCUUCGGUUGCGUAUCACAGCGAUGAAGAGAGUCUCAAGUGCUACGAUGAGAACCCGGACGAUAGCAGCGUCACCGAGAAACCAUCAGAAGUGAGCAGCUCUGACGCCUCUCAACACUCGGAAAGCGAGAACGAGAGCGUUCGCAGCGAUCCCCACUCGUUCGUCAAUCAUUAUGCCAAUGUGAAUGAUUCGUUGCGUCAAUCGUGGAAGAAGACAAAGCCGGUGCGCAACUAUUCCAGCUACACCGACUCGGAGCCGGAGGGCAGCGCCGUAAUGAGUCUCAAUGGUGGCCAGAUAAUUGUGAAUAAUAUGGCACGAUCACGGGCUCCAUUGCCCGGAUUCUCGUCAUUCGUUUGACGGUCAACUGAGUUGUAAGAUCUAUUCAACGAUAGCAGCAACAACAACAUCAGGGAGACAUUCGUCUAAGCAAGAAACAACGCAACAACACAUGGAGCCGCAGUCCAGCUUCAACCCACUGGCAUCAAUCAAUGAAUCAAUCAAUCAAUCAAUCAAUUCCAGCGCUUCUGUGUGUGUCGAUGUGUGUCGUUGUGUGUGUUUGUCGAUGUGAUGUGAGUGUUAAACUAAUGCUGAUGCGCUGCUAUAUAUAGGGAGAACUAAGCUGUAGUUGUAUUUUGAAGCUAUAUACUAUGUAUGUAUAAUUUAUAGUUAUUAGUAUGAGAGAUCUGAGAUUUACAAGCAUUUAGUUUUAGAAAUGUUUCACUGACCCAGCCCAAUUCUUAUUUUAUUAA